ACACACACACACACACACACACAUAGACCUCGCUGGAUUUCUUUGCCUUGAGUCUCCCGGGGCUGUGAGGAGCCAGGCGCAUCUCAAACCGAGCUGGCAGCUCCAGGCUCCAGAGCCAUGCCCUGCACGGACCCUCAUGCUUACCAAGCUCCUGAGGAAUGAAAGGAACCCAGGGACCCUCAGAAGGCAGCAGUGAUGUGGACCAACCCCCGGGAGCCUGCACCCUUCCGAGGGCCAUAGGCGACCCAGGGAACUGGAGAGAGCUCCAGACAGGAAAUCCCAGCUUUCCCAAAGUCCCUGUGGAUGCUGACAAAAGGAGACCUGAAUUUUUGGAAGGGCCUGUCCUAGGUUACCCAGCUGCAGAGUGAUUUUCCCCUCUGGCAUUGAACCUCCCUCUCCAACCCCCAGCCAUCUAGAGUACCAUGAAGAAUUAUGAGGAUGUGUGACAGAGGAAUCCAGAUGUUGAUCACUACUGUGGGAGCCUUCGCAGCUUUUAGCUUAAUGACCAUUGCAGUGGGCACGGACUACUGGUUAUAUUCCAGAGGUGUGUGCAGGACUAAAUCUACAAGUGAUAAUGAAACCAGCAGGAAGAAUGAAGAAGUAAUGACCCAUUCAGGGCUGUGGAGGACCUGCUGCUUAGAAGGGGCUUUCCGAGGCGUGUGCAAGAAAAUUGAUCACUUCCCCGAAGAUGCUGACUACGAACAGGACACGGCUGAGUAUCUCCUGCGGGCUGUGAGGGCCUCCAGCGUCUUCCCCAUCCUCAGUGUCACGCUGCUCUUCUUCGGCGGGCUCUGCGUGGCAGCCAGCGAGUUCCACCGCAGCAGACACAACGUCAUCCUCAGCGCGGGCAUCUUUUUUGUCUCUGCAGGGUUAAGCAACAUCAUCGGCAUCAUAGUUUAUAUAUCAGCCAAUGCUGGAGACCCCGGGCAGCGUGACUCCAAAAAGAGCUACUCCUAUGGCUGGUCCUUUUAUUUCGGAGCCUUCUCUUUCAUCAUCGCGGAAAUUGUAGGAGUAGUCGCCGUGCACAUCUAUAUAGAAAAACAUCAGCAGUUACGUGCCAAAUCCCACUCGGAGCUCCUGAAGAAAUCUACCUUUGCUCGCCUUCCACCCUACAGGUAUAGAUUCCGGAGGCGGUCAAGUUCCCGCUCCACAGAGCCCAGAUCCCGAGACCUGUCCCCCAUCAGCAAAGGCUUCCACACCAUCCCUUCCACUGACAUCUCAAUGUUCACCCUCUCCCGGGACCCCUCAAAGAUCACCAUGGGGACCCUCCUCAACUCCGACCGGGACCAUGCUUUUCUACAGUUCCACAAUUCCACGCCCAAAGAGUUCAAAGAGUCGUUGCAUAAUAAUCCGGCCAACAGGCGCACCACGCCCGUCUGAACUGACUUCUGCCCUCUGCCCUCCACCCCAGCACAGCCCGGGGGGAAGUGGACAGAGGUGUCUCUGAGGUUGCAUGGCAUGGUCCUCGUGAUGGUAUUACUUUUUACAAAGACUGAAACCAAAUGGACUCAGCCCUCUCCCACAGUUCGCCCCUCUCCCUCCAGGUCCUAACCCCUCCGUCCCUCCCUGACUUUUCAAGCCAAUCCCAUGACAUCUCUCUCUGUGUAUCUGUGCCAGAUGUUUUCCUUUCUUCCUUCUUUACUGGAAGGACCU